UUCCCCAGACUCCAGGCUGACGUCAGCUGACUGUUUUGGCUGUACUGGGCGCUCCGGACACAGCGCUGCUGCUGCUGCUGCUGUUGUAAAAAUGCUGCUCUCCGUGCCGCCAAGGACAGGAUUCAACCCAUAUAACAGCUAUACCAGCAAAACCAGUAAAAAGCAGGCGUAUGCCUCCUCCACCCAGCAGAUGGCGCCGCCCAGUCCUAACACCACCACCAGCAGUAAUGGAGGCAGCAGUUUUGGGGACCAGCUGAGCAAAACCAACCUUUACAUCCGCGGCCUCCAUCCGGGAACCACAGACCAAGACUUAGUAAAACUGUGUCAACCCUAUGGAAAAAUAGUGUCUACGAAGGCCAUCCUUGACAAGAGCACCAACAAGUGUAAAGGCUAUGGCUUUGUGGAUUUCGACAGCCCAACCUCCGCACAGAAAGCAGUCACGGCGUUAAAGGCCAGUGGAGUUCAAGCUCAGAUGGCAAAGCAACAGGAACAGGACCCCACUAACCUAUACAUCUCCAACCUGCCUCUGUCUAUGGACGAGCAGGAGUUAGAGAGCAUGCUGAAACCCUUCAGUCAAGUGAUCUCCACACGCAUCUUACGUGACGCAAACGGCACCAGCCGUGGAGUGGGAUUCGCCAGGAUGGAAUCGACUGAGAAAUGUGAGGCCAUCAUUCAGCAUUUUAAUGGCAAAUACAUCAAGACUCCUCCUGGAGUGGCAGUGCCUACAGAACCCUUGCUGUGUAAAUUUGCGGAUGGAGGACAGAAGAAGCGUCAGAACCAGGGGAAAUAUCAUCAGAAUGGGCGUCAAUGGCUGAGAGAGGGCGAGACUGGUGGGAUGACGCUAACAUAUGACCCUACCCCUGCAUUACAAAAUGGGUUUUACACUCCUUCCUACAGCAUUGCUCCUAACAGACUAAUUGCUCAGACCUCUAUCUCUCCAUACAUGCACUCACCUGUAUCUACCUACCAGGUACACAAUCCGUCCUGGCUUCAUCACCAGUCUUACCUCAUGCAACCCACAGGUCCCGUCCUCACACCCACAGUGGAUCACACCAUGACCAUCCAACCCACUGCCAUAAUAGGGCCUCUCACACAGCAGCUCAGUCAUCUAACCCUGGGCAGCCAAGGCACGUAUAUGCCUGCAAACUCAGCUAUGCAAGGGACCUACAUACCACAAUAUGCCCAAGUGCCUCCUUCAAAUGUUACAGCAGAGGAAAACAGCGUUCAGCAGCAGCAGGUUGCCAUCGAGACACCCACAGAUCAUACAACAUACACCUACCAGCAUGGCAAGUGAAGAGAAGUGAUGGAGGACAUAGGAUAUUAAACCACGUCUCUUGACAUGGAAAGGAAUGGACAUUGUGAAAAUAAAUGAGAAGCAAAGGCUCUUUCCAAGUGAAGGGAUACCACCAUUUAUUGUGAUUUUUGUUUCAACCGAUAAUGAAGCUAAACCUAUUUUAGUGAGAGUUAAAGACUUGGAUGGAGAAAGCUACGACUACAAAAAUGUCAUGUUCACAAAAAGCAAAUAAGCUUUUUAACAAAGACUCACACACACACAAAUGCACACACACUCCGAACACUUGAGAAAUUUUUAUUUUUCUGCAACUUUAUUUUCUAAAACAUUCUGCAAAGUCAGAAUGAAACAAAGAAAUGUUACAUCACCACGUUAUAAUUUUAAUUUGAUUUUAAAAAAUUGUUUUAAAAAAAGGAUUUUGUUGACUGCUUUUAAAAUAUUUGCUGCAGGUGGAAUUUUUGUACAUAAAAACAAUGUUUUUGCAAAGAUCUCGCUGCGUUUUUUUGAAUAUCUGUUUUGAGGAAUCUGCUUUUGAACCAGCAGCCAAGUCGUUGUUUUGAUAGAUCUACAGAAAAAAUGUGCUGUAUCCAAGAUCAUUAUAAAUGCAUUACUACAAGCCAAUUUUUGUCCAACAAGACGACUGAAUUUUGAAACCAAGACCUCAUCUCCUCAGAAAAAUUUCUUUCCUUACAAAAUGCUGCUUUAUCUUGUAAGUUAGGUCAUGCUCUGUUUAAAUGUUGAGAUUUAUUUUUGUAUUUGAAGAUUUUUUUUAAAGGAAAAUUUCAGAGAAGCGAUUUCGAUGAUAAACUUUUGUAUGACUUUGUUUUCAUGCCAAUGGUUUUGUCUUUCCGCUUCAUACAUUAAUUAUGUAUUUUCUUUGACACAUUGUAAGGAGUGCUCCACUUCCAUGUUGUUAUGUAGACCUGUACAUUUUUUCUUGCCUUGGUAAACUUUAAUAAUGAGGAGCGUGUUUGUUGGGCUUUGCCCAGAUAUAAAAAUGCAAUAUAAUGAAAA